AUGGAUUCAUUUAGGAUAGAGAAUGGUGACUGUGUCUCCACCUUCACCUUGCCAUUCAAUAUCCUCAGUUUGAGAACAAGAACUGACAGCAUGGAAGCCAGUGAGUUGUCUAUAAGAAUGGUAUUCAUCUUUCUGACUACAAUUGGAAUUCUAGGAAAUUUCACUCUUCUAUACCACUAUAUAUAUUUUUACCUAACAAGGUACAGGUUAAGGUCUACAGACUGGAUUCUAAUUCACUUGAUUGUAGCCAAUAUCUUAACUGUACUGGGUAAAGGAGUGCCCCAGACAAUAUCCUCAUUUGGGUUUACAGAUUUUCUCAAUGAUAUUGGAUGCAAAUUGGUUUCUUCUUUACACAGAGUAGGAAGGGGUGCAAGUAUUGGCAGCACCUCACUUCUUAGUGUAUUUCAGGCCAUCGUCAUCAGCCCCAGGAACUCCAGGGAUUCAGAACUUAAAGUAAGAACACACAAGUGCAUUUGUUGUUCAGUGUACCUCAACUGGUUGAUUUAUUUAUUUAUAAACAGUGUUAACCUUGUGUAUUUGAGGGCAAGAAAUGGCAAUGAAAGCACAACAAACCUGAAGUCUUUCUUUUUCUGUUAUUCUGUCCGUCAUGAUCCAACCAGUGACAUCCUUUAUGCCACAUUACUGUCAAGUCCUGAAGUGAUUUUGUUGGGGCUCAUGCUAUGGGCCAGUGGCUCCAUGGUUCUCACACUGUACAGGCACAAGCAGAUGAUGCAAUACAUAUCCAGGACCAGUCUUUCUUCUAGAUCCUCCCCUGCGUCCAGAGCCACUAAAACCAUCCUUCUCUUGGUCUGUACUUUUGUCUCCUUUUACACAAUUUCUUCUGCUUGUCAUUCCUUCGUGACUCUCCUUUAUAAUCCCAGCUGGUCUCUGGUGAAUAUGACUGCAAUGUCCUCUCUGCUUUUCCCCACUGUUUGUCCCUUUCUUCUCAUGAGCCAAGGCUCUCGGAUUUCCAGUUACUUGAAAAGGAAUAUACAUUUCCCCUAA